AUCAAAUUGAGACAUGACGGUAACACUGCAUAGGUGUAUAUCGUGUACAUUAUUUCUGUCAUUAUGUUUCGUUCGGUUGCAGGUGAGUGUAGUGGCAUUUGGCACCAAUGCCAAUAAACCUCCGGGCAAUACAGAGGCCAGCACCUGCUUCAACAGACAGCUGGCGUCUGCGUCGCCUAGCAACAUUAAGUAUCUCGACUCGUACAUCGAUGGACUGAACGCAUACGGUUCCACUUUUUACCGAAAAGCCUUGCGAGCAGCGUUUGGUCUUCUGAAGAAAACACCAACGACGUCUCAGCGUGACAAGGUUAUCUUGUUCUUGACUGAUGGCAUUCCUUCCGAUAGUCCAGUGGAAAUAAUGGAAUCCAUCAAAGGACUAAACAAGGAACUCAACAACACUGUAAUGAUUGUCACGUACGGGUUAGGAGAGGCAG